AAGAUUAUUUGCGUGCUAAUAGUUGAAAAUCAAGUUUCUGUUACUGAUACAGUCAAAAGAGAAUCGACUCUAAAUAUAUUUUUUGGAAGAAGAUAUGAAGAAAAUGCUAACAGUAUUCAUGACUGUUCUGCUUGACCAUCUUGUCCCGACGAGUCGAGCUCACCUACAACCCAUUCAAACAAGCAACUGCACCUACCAAAAUCUCUCUCUAUCUCUCUCUCCCUGAAAUUGCAAGCUCGAGUUGGUACAAAUCUCCAGGUACGUACGAGAUGCGCCGUCUCGUCGUCCUGCUCCUUGCUGUCUUGCUUCCCCAUGAAACCAGCUGCUCCGCCGCCGCAGCUUCCGGCGACCGGUGCAGCCGCCGGUGUGGCAGCACCACCGUUCCCUACCCUUUUGGCUUCUCCCUCGGCUGCCCCAUCCCGCUGUUCUGCGACGCCAGCAUAUCCACGCCGAUCCUCCCAUACAUAGGAGAGAACGGCACCACGUACCGCGUGAUAGCCUUCAACUCCAACACCUCCACCGUCGUUGUCGGCCUCCCGCCGUCGUGCAGCCGCAGCGUCCCCGAGGCCAAGAGGGAGCUCUCCGGGGGCAACUACGGCGUGUCGUCUCGCACCGGUCUUUUCCUCCGCGGCGGCUGCAGCGGGAUCAACGCGUCGGCCGGCGGCGGAUGCAGCGUGCCCGUGGACGUCAUGUCAAGGCUGCUCCGCACGGCGCAGUGCACCGGCCUCGGCAGCGACACCUCGCCCGCCGCUGUGGCGUGCGUCGCUUCCGCUCCGCCAAACUCCACCGCGGCGGUGCAUGGCCAGUUUCUGCGGUGGGAGAAGGUCGAGAAGCAAAAGUGCGACGACGUGCUGACCUCCACGGUGUUCGUGCUCACGGCGGAGGGGACGGCUACGCUGGAGUUCGGCGUGGCCGAGCUCGGCUGGUGGCUCAACGGGACGUGCGGCGCCGGCGGGGGCGAGCGUUGCGCGGCGAACGCGUCGUGCACCGACGUAAAAACGCCUAGCGGGGAGUUGGGGCACCGGUGCGGGUGCGUGGCGGGGAUGGAGGGCGACGGCUUCUUGGCCGGCGACGGAUGCUACCUCGCUAAGCGGGUUUCCAAGAGGAACGUGGCUUUCAUCGCUGCAGGUGUCGUGGUGGGCGUGGCGGCGGCGGCCGGCGUGCUCCUGCUGCUCUGCUGGGCACGACGCCGGCGCUCCGGCGGCAAGGGCCGGCAGGGCUCCAGCCGGCUCGCGGCGAUGCGGCUGCUGUCGGAGGCGGCGACGUCGAGCGGCGUGCCGGUGUACUCGUACAACGAGGUCGCGCGCGCGACCAACUCCUUCUCCGACACGCACCGCCUCGGCACGGGCGCCUAUGGCACGGUUUACGUCGGCCGGCUCCCGGCGAACUCGACGGCGCUCGUGGCCAUCAAGCGCCUCCGCUGCCGCCUCGACGACCACGACGACGACGGCGGCAGGGCGGUGGCGCUGCUCCUCAACGAGAUCAGGCUCAUCUCCUCGCUCAGCCACCCCAACCUGGUCCGCCUCCUCGGCUGCUGCCUCGACCGCGGCGAGCAGAUCCUCGUCUACGAGCUCGUCCCCAACGGCACCCUCUCCCACCACCUCCACGGCGACGGCGGCUCCACGCUGCCGUGGCGCGCGCGGCUCGGCGUCGCGGCGGGCACGGCGGCCGCCAUCGCGUACCUGCACGCCGCGCGCCCGCCCAUCUUCCACCGCGACGUCAAGUCCGGCAACAUCCUCCUCGGCGCCGACCUCCGCGCGAAGCUCGCCGACUUCGGCCUCUCCCGCGCCGCGCGCGGCGCCGAGGACGCGUCGCGCUCCCACGUCUCCACCGCGCCGCAGGGCACGCCGGGGUACGUCGACCCGGAGUACCACCAGAGCUUCCACCUCUCCGACAAGAGCGACGUGUACAGCUUCGGCGUCGUGCUGCUCGAGCUCAUCACCGCCAUGAAGGUCGUCGACUUCGGCCGGCCGGCGAACGAGGUCAACCUGGCAUGCCUCGCGCUCGACCGGAUCGGCAAGGGGAGAGUCGAGGAGAUCGUCGACCCGGCGCUCCUCCGUCACGGCGAGGAGUGGGUCAUGGAGUCGGUCCGGCACGUCAGCGAGCUCGCCUUCCAGUGCCUGGCGUUCGACAAGGACGUCCGGCCGUCCAUGAGCGAGGUGGCCGCCGAGCUGUGCCGGAUCAGGGACGCCGCCCCAGGCUCCGGCAUGACGGACCUCGUCGCCGACGUGGGGCUCGAUGGACCGAACACCGCGGCGGCGAAGAAAGCCCGGUCGCCGGUGUCGGUGCAGGACGUCUGGGUCAGCGACCGGAGCUCGCAAUCGACCAACGGCUCCAUGCCACGCUUUCCGUAGCCAAGUUAUACCCCACGUGCACACAAGAAAGAUGAAAAUGUAACUUAAACAAUUUUUUGGGGGUGAAGUUCUCCAUGGUGAACAUUGUUGUACUUGUACAGUUGCACAUGUAUUACUAGCACAAGAGCAACUCACAGGUUCGAAGGGGAAACAGCGCCAUAGAAAUCAGCAACUUAGGUUUGACCAACGCGACAAGAUUGCCACAAGAGCACAAACUUUGGUUUGAUCAUCAUUGCAACAAGAUCAAACACAAGAGCACAGACAGAGUUGUUCCCAUCCGAAUCAUAUUGGCCGCAGCAUUGGAAAUACCCAGUAAUAGUUUUACAAGUGAAUCAUAUUCGCCGCAGCAUUGGGAAUACCUAACAGUUUUACAAGCUACAGAAUCGCACAACUUAUCCGGACUUAGUUUCCUCCACCAACCGCGCCGGGCCACAUAGAGCUUAUCCACACUUGGUUGUUCCUAUAAAUGCUGAACCCAUGGAGAGCGAAAGAGGCACACUAGCUAGUCCAGAACAGCAUACUACACCUCUAACAGGGCCUCAGCGAUUCAUCUCAAGAAGAAAAGUACAGGAUGUGCUACAAGGUGGAGUGCGACAAAUGCGGCAAGAUCACCUGGAAGGGGUGCGGCAAGCAUGUCGCGUCCGUCUACGAAGACAUCGAGAAAGGAAAGCACUGCACCUGCAAGGCGUGGCCGGGUGUUGACACAGAUGGGUCGUCCUCGAACACCAAAGAAGGAGGAGGAAAAGCUUGAGUUCUUGCACACGGAUCACUAGUUUUGCAACUACUGGACUGAAGGAGACUGCAGUUUUGAAUAAAAGCUUGCCUCUGCUAUCUGCUCUGUAUUUGUUUCUGGCUUCUUCGCUGAAGUCACUUUUGAUGGUAUAAUAAAACAUUCUGCAGUUGAUUGAU